CUCUCCGGACGAAUAUCUCUCUCCGUCCAUACCUCUCUGUCUUGCGUUCGCGUAUUCUAGGUAAGAAAUAAGCACUCUGCUUGCUUCUCUUAUUAUCCGCAUUGCCCUCGCGCGGAUCUCCGUCCAUCAUUGGCCAAAUCGGUCCGUAUCAUGGAUCUGACAGGGGAUUGAUCCAUUCCAUCAUCUUUGACUCAUCACCUGUGAUUUACUGCUUCAAAAUAUUACCUGAGCUUUACUGAUACAUCCCAAUCCAAGUAGAGACGUCAUAACUCAAUUUUCUCUCUAUCCUCCUUCUAUCACGACCCUUCCCUGUAACCAUGUCCGAGGAGCAAAAGCCUGUCGCCCAGCCCAACGCUGAGGCCGAGAAGGAUGUUCAGAGCGUGCUCGCCGAGCUAAAGGGCGAGAACGAAGCUCCCGCCAACGGCGCCGAGAAGCAGACCGAAGACGCUGAGGAAGCCCGCAUCGUGGAAGCCGCCGCCAAGCUGGGCGAGAAGUCUGAGAAGGCUGAAGAACAGAAGGAGGCAAGAACACAGGAACGGGAGUUCCGCCAUGACAACCGCGGUCGCGAGGGCCGUUUCAACCGCCGUAACAACGUCAAGUUCGACCCCUCCACGCAGGAGGUGACGGAUGACCCGGUCCAGAUCCGCAAGCAGGUCGAGUUUUACUUCUCUGACUCCAACCUGCCCAUGGACAAGUUUCUGUUCUCCAAGGUUGGCGGCAGCGCUAACCGGGCUGUUCCUCUCGAUCUCCUUCACUCUUUCAAGCGCAUGCGGCGCUUCCAGCCCUUCACCGCCGUUGUCGAGGCUCUUAAGUCGUCCGAGGUUCUAGAGCUGACUGAGAACGACACCUGCGUGCGCCGGAAGACGCCCCUCCCGGAGAGCGUGUCGCAGACCCACGACCACAGCGUGGCUAAGGUGUUCGAGGAUAAGGCAAUGACCCGUAGCGUCUACGCUAAGGGUUUCGGUGACGAGGAGCCCACCACCCAGCUCGAUAUCGAGGCAUUCUUCGCCCCUUACGGACCGGUCAACGCGAUCCGCCUGCGUCGCACCUACGAUAAGACCUUCAAGGGCAGCGUGUUCGUUGAGUUCGAGUCGGAAGAAAAGCAGAAGGCUUUCUUGGCAUUGGACCCUAAGCCCCAGUGGAAGGGACAGGACCUGCUCAUCAAGAGCAAGAAGGAGUACUGCGACGAGAAGAUGCUCGAUAUUGAGGCUGGCCGCGUGAAGCCCAGUGGCUCUCGCGGACGCGGUUUCAACGGUCGCGGACGCGGCCGUGGUGGCCGUGGCCGUGGCGGAAACCGUGACCGCGACAACCGUGACUGGAGGGAGCGUCGCGCGGCGGACCAGAAGAAUGGAUUCAGCGACAAGAAGAGCGAGACCAAUGAGGAGCGUCGUGAGGUCCAGAAAGAUGCCCGCGGUGUCCCCAUCGUGCAGAGCACCGCCGAAUCCGGCCAGAAGCGCGCCCGUGACGACGAAGCCGGCGCAAACGGCGACCACCCGGCCAAGAAGGUGGACGCCAAGGAGUAAAUGUUGUCACGUCAAAUAAAAGUUGGAAACCUCAAGCUAUUUAUCAACUUGCUUGUUUGUUCUUUAUUCGGGACGGAAAUGGAUGGGAUAAAAGCAUGGCUUGGCUCGAUUACCCCGACUUGAAGAAGACCAUACCAUAAUGGCGUUGUAUAUUUGUUGCUGGUUUAUUAACAUUUUCUUUUCCUUUUUCUUGCUUCAAUGGAUCAUACAAUUUUAGAUCGAAUCGGAUUCGAUGAGAUUUGCUUUUCCCCUUUGCUUGCGUGGUUGGCAUUGUAGGAUACCGUUUACGUGUCGCACUUGUAUGAUGAAAGCACUUGGCAUAAACAUCCCAUGUCCACUAUUUUUGUCAUACUAGUUGGCAAUCAUAACCGGUCUUUGUAU